CAACUAGCUAGUUAGCGGGGCCGUUGGAAACAAAACCGGACUCCACUGAAAGCAAGUUGUCAUAUUACCCAGUUAAACCUGGUCUGUGUUCAGUCUCUACAAAAGUCUCUCUUCAGUUUGGACUUUGUUAUAAUUCGGGGCAGAGACUGGGAGUUCUGCGGUGAAGAUGGGAGUGCCGAAGUUUUACCGCUGGAUCUCGGAGCGCUAUCCGUGUCUGAGUGAAGUUGUGAAGGAACAUCAGAUUCCAGAAUUUGACAAUCUCUAUCUGGACAUGAACGGGAUCAUCCACCAGUGUUCCCACCCAAACGACGAGGAUGUUCACUUUCGCAUUUCUGAGGAAAAGAUUUUUGCUGACAUCUUCCACUACCUGGAGGUGCUCUUCAGGAUCAUCAAGCCACGCAAGGUCUUCUUCAUGGCUGUGGACGGUGUGGCGCCGAGGGCAAAGAUGAACCAGCAGAGAGGACGGAGAUUCAGGUCUGCCAAAGAAGCAGAGGAAAAGAUUAAAAAAGCUCUGGAUAAAGGAGAGGUGCUUCCCACGGAGGCUCGCUUUGACUCCAACUGUAUCACUCCUGGGACUGACUUCAUGGCGAGACUUCAGGAGCAGCUUAAGUAUUUUGUCCACAACAAGCUCUCCACUGACAGGCUGUGGCAGAAUGUCAGAGUCUACCUGUCUGGUCAUGAGACGCCAGGAGAGGGAGAACAUAAGAUCAUGGAGUUUAUUCGCUCUGAGACAGUCAAGCCGGGUCACGACCCUAACACCCGACAUUGCCUGUACGGCCUGGAUGCUGACCUGAUCAUGUUGGGUUUGACCAGCCACGAGCCAAAUUUCUCCCUGCUCAGAGAGGAGGUCCGCUUCGGAGGAAAGAAAUCCCAGAAAAGGAUAACGGCUCCAGAGGAGACAACUUUCCACUUGCUUCACUUGUCUCUGAUGAGGGAGUACAUCGACUACGAGUUCUCUGAGAUCAGGAAUCACAUUGGUUCUGAUUAUGACUUGGAGCGAAUAAUAGACGACUGGGUUCUAAUGGGCUUCCUCGUGGGAAACGAUUUCAUCCCUCACCUUCCUCAUCUUCACAUCAACCACGACGCUCUGCCGUUGCUGUAUAAGACCUACAUCAGCGUACUGCCCAGCCUGGGGGGUUAUCUGAAUGAGAACGGCCACCUCAACCUCAGAAACUUCGAGAAAUACCUGGAGAAACUUUCUGAGUUUGACCGGGAACAUUUUAGUGACGUGUUUGUGGACUUGAAGUGGUUCGAGAGUAAAGUGGGUAACAAGUAUCUGAAUGAGGCGGCGGGACUGGCAGCAGAGAAGGAAGCUGCCAGCAAAGACACCAACAAGGAGGAUUCAGCUCUGGCAGCUCUGAGCUCAUCAGACAGAGUGAUGAUGGGAGAAGGAAAAGGAGCAGCGGCAGAAGAUGAGGAAGAAGAGGACGAUAUGUUUGAAACGGAGUUCAGACAGUUCAAGCGCACAUACUAUAUGACCAAGAUGGGUGUAGAUGUGGUGUCUGAUGAGUUUCUGGCCCAGCAGGCCAAAUGUUAUGUGGAAGGUAUCCAGUGGAUUCUCCACUACUAUUACCAUGGUGUUCAAUCCUGGAGCUGGUACUACCCCUACCACUACGCUCCCUUCCUGUCUGACAUCAGGAAUAUAUCUGGGUUAAAGUUGACCUUUGACCUUGAAAAACCCUUCAUGCCCUUCCAGCAGCUGUUGGCAGUCCUGCCUGCUGCCAGCAUGGCGCUGCUACCUGAGAGUUACAGGCACCUGAUGACCAGUGAAAACUCACCCAUUAUUGAGUACUACCCUCUUGACUUUAAAACGGACCUCAAUGGCAAGCAGCAGGAGUGGGAGGCUGUGGUGCUCAUUCCCUUCAUAGAUGAGAGGUGCUUGCUAGCAGCCAUGGAGCCCUACAAUCAUAAGCUGACUAAAGAAGAGAAAGCCAGGAAUUGUCACACAGAGUGUGCCGUCUACACAUAUGACCCUGAAAUGGACUUCACAUACCCCUCCAACCUGCCUCAGCUGUUCCCCGACAUCGUCCACUGCCAUGCCAGGAAGGCAAACAUUCCCAUGGAUGCCUGGCAAGUGGGGUUAGACCACAUCAGCAGGCAUGUGGAUCACUCAGCUCUGUACUUCUGUGGCUUCCCCACCCUGCAACACAUCAGACACAAGUUUAAUAAGAAGAAGAGCGGGGUGGUCGUGUUCCAGCAGAGCAGCAGAGGGGAGAACAUGAUGCUGGACAUCCUUCCCAGUCAGGAAGGAGAGCCGGUAUGUGAUGACGUCGCUGCACAAGUUCUGGGGAAGUCUGUGUUUGUCAACUGGCCUCAUCUAGAGGAAGCUCGCAUCAUCGCAGUGUCGGAUGGAGAAACAAAGUUUUCUCUAGAGGAACCACCGGGUGUCCAAAGACUCUAUGACAGACCCUCCACUCCUCCUCCCACCAAAAUCACCCACCUGUCAGACAAGGAGCAGAAGGACUGGGUGAAAGAGGUCCAAGGAAUCACUGAAUUUUUCUUGAAGAGGAAAGGCAUCAUAGUGAACGAGACAGUGGUGGUUUUGUACGGCCAGACGCUGACGGGAAGGAAAUAUGUCCCCAAAGCCAACGGGGUGGUGGAGCUAGAGAAACAGUGGGCCAAACAGGUCCUUCCUUUCGCCUACCAGACGGUGGUUAAGGACAUCAAGGCCUUUUACUCGUCCUUGACCUGCUUCAAGAGCUUAGACGAGCUCUUCCCUCAAGCAACCACCGUCUUCAUGGUGGGGAACCCGUACUACGGCGCCAUGGGAGAGGUGCAAGAUUCCAGCGACGUCAUUAAAGACGGCCGGAUACGCGUGGUCUUCAACGUGCCACACGAGCCGCAGCUGGAGCCUUUAAUCCAGAACCAGCAUAAAUACUGCGUGAAGUACAGUCCCGGAUACGUUCUGGCGUCUCGCCUCGGCAUCACCAGCUACCUCGUCUCCCGCUUCUCAGGAAGCAUCUUCAUCGGCAGAGGAUCUAAGAAGAAUCCCUGUGGUGAGCAAAGAGCUAACGUCGGCCUGAACCUGAAGUUCAACAAGAAGAACGAAGAGGUUCCUGGAUACACCAAGAGAACUGAGAAGGAGUGGCUCUACUCUGCUGCUGUGGAGGAACUGCUAGCUGAAUACCUGGACAGAUUUUCCGAGGUAUUCAACACAGUGUCCAGAAACAGUCAUGAUGAUGUUUUCUAUGAGGAUGAUAUCUGGCCAGGAGAGGACCAGAAUGGGGCUGAGAAGGUGUCUGAAAUCACCUCGUGGUUGAAAAGCCAUCCAGUCAGCUCCAUCAGCAGGGCGUCAUGUGACCUGCAAGUGCUGGACUCCGCCAUCGUGGAGAGGAUCGAGGAGGCAGUGGAGAAGUCCAAGGUGAAGAAGAGCACCAAGAAAGUCCGUGUGACUGUCAAGCCUCACCUCCUCUUCAGGCCCUUGGAGCAGCAGCAGGGUGUGGUCCCAGACCCCGAUGCCGAGUAUCGCCUGUUUGACAGAGUCAUUAACGUCAGGGAGAGCUUCACCGUCCCGCUGGGACUCAGAGGAACUAUUAUCGGCAUCAAAGGAGCUGAGCGCGAGGCAGAGGUUCUCUAUGAGGUGCUUUUUGAUGAGGAAUUUGCUGGAGGUCUCAACAUCAGGUGUACGUCACUUCGCGGUUACCGCCUCCCUCCCUGCGCUCUCAUCAACCUCUCCCACGGCGCCCGAGUGGAUCACACCUCCCACAAACUCACCGCCAUCGUCAAACCUCAGCCCGCCGCGGCCGGCAACUUCAACUCACAACGCCAGCUGGCGGGCCUCAACCACUCUCCGCGCUCACCGUUCAUACCCACACAACAUAACAACAAACACAACGCAGUGAAAGCAGCAUCUCAAGGCAACAGGAACUCUCCCUCUAAAGGUCCCAUCCAGAAACAACAGGGGAAGAGUAAAGACGAGUACAGUAACGUGUGGCAGUCUCUGCAGAACUCAGGCCCUCCUCACAAACCUCCUGCUCAUUGGCAAAAUAAUGCCUCGGUCGGUGGAAUCAGACUGCUGAAGAAAAAUGAAGACGCCAACUCCUUAUUGCCCACACAGAACACAGCCAAUAAGGCCACCACUGAGUUUGAGGACCUGAUAGCCAGUCUCAAGAUCUCCAAGGGAAGCGAGCAGACCCCACCUCCUGCUGCCCCCUCACAAGCACCCCCCAGCCAAUCAGAUGGGCCGUUGUCCCCACAGUCCUUUGCCAUGAAGGGAACCCUGAUGUUAAAGGAGAUGCUGAAGAUUGACGGCGCUGGAACAGGAAGUCCCUCCUCCCAGGAGAUGGCUAACUCUGCGUCCUCCGGAGGACAGCAGCAGAACAGGAGACGAUCGUCCAAAAAACUAGCGGCAAACAUGAACGCCCCCCACGGAGACCCAGCCGCACUAGCCUCUCCUGCGUCCGCCACCUCGGCCAACCUCCCCAACGCCAUGCUGACCAGUAAGGUGUCAGAGCUGGCGUGCGUGUGCGUGGGGUUGGGCAUGGCACCACCCGAGUUCAGCUACAUACGGAACAGACAGGGUCUGGUGGUGUGUCAGGUCAAGCUGUCCAACGGGUUGAUGGUUCACGGUCCACAGUGUCAGUCAGAAAACGAUGCCAAGGAGAAAGCUGCCUUCUUUGCCUUACAAAGACUGAACUCAGUGGGCUCAGGCUUCCCCCUCCCACCCCCUCUGUACCCUGGAAUGGGCCAGAUACGACCUCCACCCAUGGGAGCCAUGACCCCUGUCUUCAACCAAUCAAGUGGCUUGCUGUUGCCCCCUCAAGGUUACCCUGCUCCUCUAUGGGGAAUGGCUCUGCCUCCCCAUCACCACCAGAGCCAACCGUUCUACGGAGCUACAGGAACCUUCCCUGGUGCUGCUCGCCCCCAGCCUGCAACAUCACUACCCAUCGGCUCACACAACCAGUUCAUCCCCUUACAGGUGACUAAGAAGCGGGUCUCGGCCAACAAGAAGAACCAAGAGACUCGAGAGUUCUACAGCGCCGCCCAUACCGUCGCCAGGAACCAAUCACAGAAAGCCCAAAAUCAGCCCUCUGGCCAAUCAGACCAGCCGCACCAACACGCCGCCAACAGCAACCCCUCUUCGUCCAGUCCAACCCCAGCAGAUGCCGUGCCCAUGACCCCUCCUCGGCAAAACCCCCCAUCAACAGGCCACACCCCCGGCUCCGCCUCAAAGAGGAAGCACAGGAAGCUUGCUGUCAACUUUGAGGCGGCUAAAGUCUCCGAGUGAUGCGCUGCUGUGUGUGUGUGUGUGUGUGUGUGUGUGUGUGAGAGAGAGAGAGAGAGAGAGAGAGAGAGAGAGAUAGGCGCUGCUGUAUUGAGGCCUAACUCAGCAUCUCUGAUCAAAACCUCUUCAUUGUGGAACUUUUUCACGCAACAUUUCAGUGCAGACAGCAGCUUCAGCUUUUACUAAUAGCAACAUUUUUCCCAUUUUCAUUUCGUCAUCCGCCUCACGUCACAGAUGAAACAUAGCAUCCCCUCUUCAUCACCUCUUCACUUUACAUCAGUUAUUCUAGCGUAAUCAUCUUGUGGCUGUAGUUUCUUUAAGUCAGAAUAUAUAUUUCAAGGUGCACAUGUUCAUCCAACUCAUGCUGCUAAGUUUGCUACAUUCUGAUAAAGUGAAACGCUGCCAUAAAAGUGCAACAUUUUCAUGAAGAAGGAAGGAAACAUACUUUUAUUACUACUUUUAUUUUGGUAGCUCCGGCUAUUAGUUCUAUCAGCUGUGUAAAGAUUGCAAGUAAUUGCUAAGAUGGCAGAAUAGGGGAACACUGGGGGGAAAAAAUAGCUCCAACAGGGCAACCAACAGGAUUGGUCAGCUGAUCAGACACGUUGUAAACAAACCUCAAGGUCAGUCGGAUGAAUUUGUACUUUCCGCUUCACUCUGUCGACUCGUCGUAGUCGAGGUUUUGGUCUGUCUACGAUGACUGAUGUGGAGCUCAAAGACAGCCUGCAGCAAAAUUUUAACAAUACAGAUAUUGUUCAAAUUUAUAGGAACAAAUUCUCACAUCUACAAACCAACCAAUCAGAAUACAGCAUUCGAAAUAUGAGUAAAGUAAACGCACACAGCCUCGAAUCGGUAUCAUACUGACACUGAGGUAAUUCGCGGUGUGACGUGCAAUAAACUUCCACUAUUGUUGUGGCGCAGUCUAAAGGCGUCUUAAGUGUGCUGCGUACAGAAGAUCUAAUGAAGCGAAACACUGCCUUAAAAGUGCAUCGUCUUAAUGAAAUAUGCACUUUAGUGAAUAUUCUAUUGAGAAACAAUAACUGCUCACCAGCGCCAGCAUGUUGAAAACAUAAGGGUGGAUUUUUUUUUUUUUUUUUUUUUUUUUUUACAAAAACAACAACUGGAGUACAAAAACCUGUAUUGUCUGAGUCAUAUGUACAGUAUUUCACAUCAGGCUGUUUGUGUAUUAAUACAGGCUAUAAAAUUGGCGAUGAAUGUGCUCAGUGUUAUUUGAUAUUUUUUUUUAAUCUUUCCAGCCUCCCAUGUCAGUCUCAGCUCUGCCUCAACACCUCUUUCAAAUGUUGCCUUCUGUAUCUACAGCUGAGGGACCUCAAGAGUUUUCACACUGACUGUAGGUGCUCGCGUCAUGGCAACACACACACUGAGAACAGAGAUACCGGUAAGCGCUAAUCGUUUUGCUCCCGGUCACUCUGUAAAUAGUGUUCGGUAAAAGCUCUGAUGGAAUGCGGAUCUUUGGUCUCAGGAACAUGUAGCCGUGAUAGAAGUCCUCAUCAUACUUUAGUCUCAGACUCGCUCUGCAGUGGCAACUUCUGCCUGCUUUUUCCUCUCAACGCUCACAGACAUACUUCGUUCAUUUACAUGCACGUAUUUUAGAAGACUGGUUUGCAUGCACGGGGAGGAGGGGAGGGGGAGGGGGGGUGUUGGUGUAUUUAUAAUGCUUAAAAUUGGCUUUCUAUCAUGGCUUCACUGAUCAGAGCAUGAAGCAUUACAGCUGUUCAUGCAUCAGCUCAGUCAGGUUUGGAUCAGCAGUGUUAACGCGGCCAACAUUAAUUAACUGUUGUAAUGUUUUGUGAUAGUUUUUUCCCCCACUAAGUAGAUUUUCACAGCCUUUUUUUUCCCUUCAGUGACUUUUGACAACUAGCUGCAUUUUUAUACUUUUUUAUGGUUUAACAGCACCCCCAAAGUAAAAGGUUUCGGGGUUAAUUUCAACAGGUUAUUAUAUAUUUUCCACUGCAGAGCUGCUUUUACACCAGCAUGUGAACCAGAGUCAGAUUCCACCUGCAGUGACUAGUUUUACAAUCGCCUUUGAUUUGUCCUUUUUAUUUUAUUUUUUUUUAAUAAACCAGACCUUGUGAAGAAGUCCUUUCAUUUUAAUGUUGCUAAAUGUCUAGAAUCUGUCCGAAUCUGUGUUGAGUUUUGUCGGAGUCCAGAAACACUUUCCUACACUGCCAGAUUCAGAGUUUCCAAAAGCAUCUUGAUUAUAGCUGAUACAUGAGGCUGAAUUUACACAGAUGCAAAAAAAUUCAAAUUUUGCCUUUUUUUUUGUGUCUGUUCUCCUCUGUAGUUAUUUCCCAUCCAUGUAUAUUUUUAGGCUACAAAGAUUCACAUUUUUUUCUUGUAAAUAUAUAGAAACUCACUCGACUUAUUAAGUAGAAUUUUUUUGUAAAUGAAAACCGACAAUUUCGAUUUUAUUAAAUGCAGAGUUUCUUCACCGAUGAAAGUUUCUGAUUAGUGACCAAUGUCAAAAAUAUAGUUUUGUCUGUGUGUCGACAGUUUUAAUUUAAUGUGACAGUUGUGUGUAUAUGUAUCAUGUUGUCAUGGCGGUCCUCAGAGGUGUGUGUGUGUGUGUGACUUGGGAUCAUCCACACACAGAUAAGUGAAAUGAAUCAGUUGCUAUCAGACACAUACAGAGGCCAUGUGUCGUCCCAUGAAGGGCGGAAAUGAUUCAUUUUUGUAUCUGUGUAAAUGCAGCCAAAGAGCAUCGUAAGUUUAAUCCAAAACAAGACAGUGUCAAUGAUGAUUAACUUAAUGGCACAGAUGCAUUCAAAACAUUUAACAUUUUCUUAAAGUGUCAAUUAAAUUAGACGCAUCAAGUCUGUGAGAUGCUUUUGGGAAGGUUCCAGCAGGUCUUGGUGAGCGCUUUUCUAAAGCUGUGCGGCUAUUUAAAAUCCCGGCCUUUAUUAUUAUACAGCUUUAUACACCUGGACAUAUUUAGCCAAGCACACAUGCGUACAAAAUCUGUCCAUUUUAAAGAUUUCUUUUCCUUUACGAGCUAUGGAUUUUAUCAAUACCCUUUUUAUAGACAGUCUUGGGGUUUUUUCUAAGCAAGCAGAAUAAUAUUGUUUCAAUAAUGUUUGUGGUGAAGCUACAGUGAUGGAAGCAGCUGUAGCGACAAGUAAAGUGUAUUUACUUUGUCCUUGUUUUGAGGGACACCGACCUAUAGUAUGUUUUCAAUGUUUUUGUCUUUUUUUUUUUUUUUUUUUUUUUUUAAGGCUGAUAUCCUUACGCCAAACCCUGGGACUGAAGUCUAUAAGGCUCUGGUGCAAUAAGGGGAGGUUUUAAAAAAAAAUGUGGAAAUUGAAGCACACCUGUUGUAUAUCUGUUUUUUUUUGUUUGUUGUUUUUUUUUUUUUUUGCAUAUUAAAAGACGUAGAGAAUUCUCAAUAUGAAGAGAUAAUGACUUGCUGUUUUGAUUCAGGAAUGUGCUGUACAUAUCCAAUGAUUAAAGUGACUUUUUGUUA